AUGGCAGCCCAACAACCUCCCAAAGACGACACCAAGCAGCCUCCACGCAAAAUCAACAAAGACCCACAGCUCAUCGGCAUAGUUGCAAGACCGCCUCAUGCAAUUCGCGCGUAUUACUCUGUCGAAGACACCACCACGAUGACUAGCGUCAUGGGAGCAAGGGUCGAAGAAGAAAUUCACUUUGGCCAGCCGCUGCGAAUGACGAAGAGCAGAAAAGGUGAGGAGGAACAUGCCUGCUCUGCGUCCUCGUCGGAUACGGUGGGUCGAUCGGAAGUGGGUGGAAGUAACGCGUGGAGUCCAGCAGCGGAGUCGGAGUCGGAAUCAUCGCGCACGCUGGGUCGGUCUACUAUGUCGCUGUCGCUGUCGCUGUCGCCUUUGCCUGGGUCCUCGUCGUCGCGGCUAGGAGGAGGAAGGGGCGCAGAAAGUGAAGGUUUGGUAGCUGGCGCUGGUGGUGAAGCUAAUGGCAGUGGAGGCGAUACAGAAUCGUGCAAGGAGGAGAGCGAGGAGAGCGAGGUCAGUGAGGACGAGGGAGAUUUGUUUACGAAGAGUUACCAGGAGGGGAGCUAA